AUGAAGGACCUAAUGAGGGACAGCCCCAAGGUUCACAAGAAGAGGAGGAAACGAGUGAGGGGGAGAGUGAUCAAGACAUUACAACAUCAGACUCCACCUCACCCGAGGGUGCUGCAACGGGACGCGGCAGCAGAACAACGGGAAGAGGCAGCGGUGCAACAGAAUGCGGCAUCUCUACCAACAGUACCACAAGACCCAAUGGCCCAACGACCAGUUCUUAGACGAAGCACAAGAACUCAACAGAAUGUGGUACCUCCUCCAACAGUACCGCAAAACCCAAUAGCUCAACAACCAGUUCUUAGACGUAGCACAAGAACUCCGAGUGACCCAUCCACUUGGAAAGACAAGAGAGUCUACUACAAUGGUCAGGCCGAGGGAACGAGGGGCUGGUUUGAAGGAUUCUUGAUGGGGAAGCGAUCUGGGGUUGGUACGUGA